GAACCGGCCCCGAUCGCUACUAUCCCGUGACGUGCCCGCCGCGUGCGCCCCUCUAGUAGUACUAUACUAGCAGAGAAAAAAAGGACGGAGACAAGGAAAGAAAAAUCGCCGCGUCGCUCUUUUCUUUCUUUCCGUCCCACGUCUAAAACUCUACAGCUCCAGUUGUAUAUCACCGCCCGAUCGGAUCUGCCUCCCUCCCGAUUCAUCGUCUCCCGUCCCCUCUUUGUCGUCCUCUUCACCAGCGGCAGGCGGUGGUGGCAGGUGACUGUGACUAGCAGGAGCGCGGAGGAGGGGUCCUUCGGUCGCCAUGGCUCAGAUCUUGCUCCAUGGGAACCUCCACGUCACCAUCUUCGAGGCCUCCUCGCUCUCCCACCCCGGCCGCGCCAGCGGCGGCGCCCCCAAGUUCAUCCGCAAGUUUGUAGAGGGCAUUGAGGAAACUGUCGGUGUUGGCAAAGGAAGCUCCAAGCUAUAUGCCACCAUUGAUCUCGAGAAAGCUCGUGUUGGGCGUACCAGGAUGUUGGGCAACGAGCCCGUCAAUCCUCGCUGGUACGAGUCGUUCCACAUCUACUGUGCGCACCUUGCCGCCGAUGUGAUCUUCACGCUGAAGGCCGACAACGCGAUCGGGGCGACGCUCAUUGGGAGGGCGUACCUGCCUGUCGGAGAGCUCCUGGAAGGCGAGGAGAUCGAUAGGUGGCUUGAAAUCUGUGAUGACAACCGGGAGCCUGUUGGUGAGAGCAAGAUCCAUGUGAAGCUUCAGUACUUUGGCGUUGAGAAGGACCGCAACUGGGCGAGGGGUGUCCGGAGCGUCAAGUUUCCUGGUGUUCCUUACACCUUCUUCUCGCAGAGGCAAGGAUGCAAUGUUAGAUUGUACCAAGAUGCUCAUGUCCCAGACAACUUUAUCCCCAAGAUUCCGCUUGCGGACGGCAAGAACUAUGAGCCUGCCAGAUGUUGGGAGGAUAUCUUUGAUGCCAUAAGCAAUGCUCAGCAUUUGAUUUACAUCACUGGUUGGUCUGUGCACACUGAGAUCACCUUGAUUAGGGACACCAAUCGCCCCAAACCUGGAGGAGACGUCACUCUCGGAGAGUUACUCAAGAGGAAGGCCAGCGAAGGUGUCCGGGUCCUUAUGCUAGUGUGGGAUGAUAGAACUUCAGUUGGCUUGCUGAAGAGAGAUGGCUUGAUGGCCACCCAUGAUGAGGAGACUGCAAAUUACUUCCAAGGCACCGAUGUGCACUGUGUUCUGUGCCCUCGUAACCCCGAUGAUUCAGGCAGCAUUGUUCAGGAUCUGCAGAUCUCAACCAUGUUCACUCACCAUCAGAAGAUAGUAUGUGUUGACGAUGCAUUGCCAAGCCAGGGCUCCGAGCAAAGGAGGAUACUCAGCUUCGUUGGUGGCAUUGACCUCUGCGACGGAAGAUAUGACACUCAGUACCACUCCUUGUUUAGGACACUUGACACUGUCCACCAUGAUGACUUCCACCAGCCUAACUUCGCGACUGCAUCCAUCACCAAAGGUGGCCCAAGAGAGCCAUGGCAUGAUAUUCAUUCACGAUUGGAAGGUCCAAUUGCCUGGGAUGUUCUUUACAAUUUCGAGCAGAGAUGGAGAAAGCAGGGUGGCAAAGAUCUUCUCGUGCAGCUCAGGGAUCUCUCUGACAUAAUUAUCCCCCCUUCUCCCGUCAUGUUCCCAGAGGACAGAGAUACAUGGAAUGUCCAGCUCUUCAGAUCUAUUGAUGGUGGUGCUGCUUUUGGCUUCCCUGAUACUCCUGAGGAAGCUGCAAGGGCUGGGCUUGUAAGUGGAAAGGAUCAAAUCAUUGACAGGAGCAUCCAGGAUGCAUACAUAAAUGCCAUCCGACGGGCAAAGGACUUCAUCUACAUUGAGAACCAAUACUUCCUUGGAAGUUCCUACUGCUGGAAGCCCGAAGGCAUCAAGCCUGAAGAAAUUGGCGCUCUGCAUGUGAUUCCUAAGGAGCUUUCGUUGAAGAUUGUCAGCAAGAUUGAAGCCGGAGAACGGUUUACUGUUUAUGUUGUGGUGCCAAUGUGGCCUGAGGGCAUGCCAGAGAGCGCAUCUGUACAAGCAAUUCUGGACUGGCAAAGGAGAACAAUGGAGAUGAUGUACACUGACAUCACACAAGCUCUCGAGGCAAAGGGGAUUGAAGCAAACCCCAAGGAAUACCUCACUUUCUUCUGCCUAGGUAACCGUGAGGUGAAGCAGGAUGGGGAAUAUGAACCCCAGGAGCAGCCAGAACCUGAUACUGAUUACGUCCGCGCUCAAGAGGCUAGGAGGUUCAUGAUCUACGUUCAUACCAAAAUGAUGAUAGUUGAUGACGAGUACAUCAUCAUUGGGUCUGCAAACAUCAACCAACGGUCAAUGGACGGCGCCCGGGACUCCGAGAUUGCCAUGGGCGCUUACCAGCCAUACCAUCUAGCCAACAGGGAGCCGGCCCGGGGCCAGAUCCACGGCUUCCGGAUGGCACUGUGGUACGAGCACCUGGGCAUGCUGGACGACGUGUUCCAGCGCCCGGAGAGCGUCGAGUGCGUGCAGAAGGUGAACAGGAUCGCGGAGAAGUACUGGGACAUAUACUCGAGCGACGACCUGGAGCAGGACCUCCCCGGCCACCUGCUGAGCUACCCCAUCGGCGUCGCCAGCGACGGCGUGGUGACGGAGCUGCCGGGCAUGGAGUUCUUCCCCGACACCCGGGCCCGCAUCCUCGGCGCCAAGUCGGACUACCUUCCCCCCAUCCUCACCACAUAGAUAAGAUCUCAUCCUGCAUUUCCUGUGUGUGGCUUCAGUUUGGUGAUUCAGAACUUGUGUUUCAGAAAAUAGCAGGCUGUUAUAGUUGCGGGACUGUUAAUAAGCGCAGUGGUGUGCGUGGUUGAGAACCACGGUAGUGACUAGGAGGACUGCUGAUACUUUACACGGUUUCUGCUGUUUGUAUCACUGUUUAAUUAUAAAUUGUCAAUGUUUAGUUGUUUACGCUCGUCAUACCUACUUGGAUCUUUAAGGGUGGACAAUAAAGUUAACGCGUGUUUCUUAUUGUA